AUACAAUAGCUGCUAAAAUCAAGCCGCUAGCUUCACGUCACCGAAGGAAAUCUGGUCCAAAUAUAAGGGGAGAAGGUGAUUAUCAGGUUAGAGGGGAGGAGCCACCGAAAAAGAAGGAAAUGAAGUGGGAAAGGAAAAGAAAAAGAAGAAAAGACACCGAGACUCUUGAGAGUACGUUAUGACAGACCAGACUGAUCAUUUCCAUACAAGUUUGUAGUAAUAAUUUAAAUCUACAAUAAUCGGAACAUGUUGUGUUACCCGACGUGACUAAAAAGUAUGGAAGGGGCAACCAGCUCCCGAGCAGCUCCGUCUGCUCUGUCUUGAACCAAGUCUGAACUUGCUGGCACAGUCCAGGAUUUAUCACGCAGGUGUGUGCAAUGGAUUCCUGUUGUAAAAAUGGCACAGCAGGAGGAGCCCCUGUAUGAUUUCCCAGAGCCCACACAGGCAUCAGAACGCAAGUUCCAGGGCCACCAACGAGGAGGGGGGUCUCUGAGGAGCGUCAGCGUCUUGGACCGGCUCUUGUUGACUGUGCCCGUCUGGCUGCAGUUGUCAAUCAACCCUGCUACUGCCCUGCACAUUCUGCAGAGGGAGCCUCCUGGGACAUUCUUGGUUCGAAAGUCUCGCACGUCCCAGAGAAACGUGCUGUGUGUGCGCCUGAUGGAUGACUGCGUGCCAUCCUUUGUACAGCAGUUUGGCAUCAGGGAGGAGCAAUCGACGCUGUCUCUGGAGACGUCAGCGAUCAGCUUUCCAGACCUCCCUAGACUUGUUUCAUUCUAUUGUGUCAGCAGAGAUGUAUUGCCCUUCCCUCUGGAACUUCCUGAGGCCAUCGCUAAAGCAACUUCCCACAAAGAGCUCGAGUCCAUCUCUCAUAUGGGAAUAGAAUUUUGGAGCUCACACCUCAACGUCCGAGGUCCACGGGAGACCUCGAAGACCCAGACGAGCAAGGAUAAGACGCCAGACUCUUCAGUCUCAGCGGCAUCCACUACUACCCCACAAGCAGCUUCUUCGGGGCCACCUGAUUCUGUUACGCAGCCCGAAUCAGACAGCCAGAUGACUAUCGCCGAAUGUGACCAAAAAUCUGACCCGAACUCUGCCUUGUUCCGAGAGUUCUGUCCAAUUGAAACUCGCAGCCCGAGGGAACUGGACUGCGGCUCAGGGCUGGGCGCGCUUUGCUUCAUCAAUCCCCUUUUCCUACAGUCUCACAGCAUCCUGUCCAAACGCCGCCUCUUGAAACGCAGCGUCAAGGUGCGGAUAUCCACCGAGACAUCCAGCCUCAUGUUGCCCCCUCUCGCUCCACCGCCCCCGCCCCCUCUUAUGCCCAAAACCACAAGAAAAUGUAAAGCCCGAAAGCAGACUACACCCGUACCCUUGGGCCCCCAGUCAUCACAUGUCUACCCGUCAUCUGCAAUGGAGGAACAAGCGGAGGUCAAACUACCAACAUUGGUGGAGCAUCCUACCGAUGACGCCGACUACCUCCAACCAUCCUCAGCCAUUGCAUCGUCCGUCUCUCCCUCACUGUCUCCUUAUACAGCCGAAUCGGUUCCACCACUCCCCCCCAAAGUGUCUCCGAGCGCUCGCAACCCUCCUACUUCUUUUCCACCCAGCCCAUCCCAAUAUCAAUUUCCAUCUCUUUCGCCCAGGGCUCCCCUCUCCCUCUCUGCCUCCCCCUAUCAGUCCCCAUCUUCCUCCCCCGAGGGGCUCUUCUCUCUCUCGCCCUUCUUCUCGCCUUCCUUGGCUCAGCUCGUGGAGGCCAGUCAAACACCGGAAAGGGAAUCCAGGGAGGAAGAGGGACUCAUUGAGGGUAAAGGUGUGGAGGAGUUACACAAAGAAAUGGAAGCUGCGUCUCUGGAUGAGACAGACACCUGUAGUUCCUUCAGUAGUUUGGAGGGGGAGGCGGAGACGCCAAAACAAGAUAAUGGCACUGUCCGGCAAACAGCAUCUUAGUAAAUGAGCUAGUGAGUGUAUUCAAUAUUCUCCCUUUGUGUUCAACAUUUAAUGGGAUUAAGCCACAGUUUUGCUAUUUGAGUUAAAAAAAAAAUAAUAUUCAGGAUACAAUAUACAAUGUAACAUGUUUCAAAUGAAAUUUAUUUUUGGGUUAUGAGAAGAUGUAAAUAUCCUUUGUACAGGACAAUUACAUAUUAGUAGCAUGGCGAAUUUGUGGAUUUGGAUAUGUAUGAUGAACACCCCUCAAAAAAGAAAAUAAAUCUCGUAUUCUUA